AUGUACCGAACAGUGGUAGUGGCUCUACUGGCCUUGUCGGCUUCUGCCAGACUACAUGAUUUGGAGAAGAAGGUCACCAUCAACGACCUUGAACUCUUCAACGGUUUCCAAAAAUUCGCUGAAACGUAAGCGUGUACCUUUUUUAAGAAUUACGUCACCAAAUCAGAUUUGGAAUAUCUCUUGUUUUAGCUAUAACAAGCAAUACGCGUCUGUUGAAGAAGCCCGCGAACGUUUCGAGAUCUACAAAGCCAACCACCUCCAACUCCAGGUCUACCAACAAUACGAGCAGGGAACAGCCACCUAUGGCGAGACCCAAUUCAUGGACCUGACCCCCGAAGAGUUCCGUACCCAGGUCCUCUCCAACGUCCAGAAAGACCCUCUGGCCCCACAUAGACCCCUAAACGACGAGGAAUUGAAGGCCUUGAAGGAUGAUGCUCCGGCUGAAUUUGAUCAUAGAGAGGCUGGUUUGGUUACUCAUGUUAAGAAACAGGGUGACUGUGGAUCUUGCUGGGCUUUCGCUGCUACUGGAAACAUUGAGGGAUUGUGGAAAAAGAAGACUGGAGAACUUUUCAGCUUAUCCGAACAGCAAUUGGUGGAUUGCGACAAGAAGGACAAGGGAUGCCAGGGAGGCUAUAUGCUUCCGGCAUUCGAGUGAGUUUUACUGCAUUACCUGCCAUUAUGGUUUUUUUGAAAUGGAUGAUUAGAGUAGUUAACGUCCACUUCCAGAGAGAUAAUUCGUCUGGGAGGUCUUGUCAAGGAAGAGGAGUACCCAUACAAAGGACUUGACGGAGAAUGCCAGCUAGAAAACAAAAAGAUCGCCGCUUACAUCAACGACUCGCUCCAACUCCCAGAAGACGAGGAGAAGAUCAAGCAAUACUUGGUUUCAUCUGGCCCCAUUGCUGUCGGAAUCAACGCCAUCCCACUUCAGUUCUACCACCGUGGGAUCCAUCACCCACUCAAAUUCUUCUGUGACCCUCAAGGACUGAACCACGGUGUCCUUCUUGUGGGUUACGGUGAAGAGAGAGGCAAGCCUUUCUGGAUUGUCAAGAACUCGUGGGGAGAUCGUUGGGGAGAGAAGGGAUAUUUCCGUUUGUUCCGUGGGCAGAAUGUUUGUGGAGUCGCCGGAUACGCCACAACUGCCAUCAUCAACUAA